AUGAACCCCGUCGAGAUACCAAAUCCUGGGCUUUAUUCCAAUUCCAUGCCACCCCCAACCAGAAUCCGCAAGAGAGCACGCAAGGCGUGUCAAUCCUGUCAUGUACGCAAGGUGCGGUGCGAUGUUUCAAUUAGGGGCUCUCCGUGCAUGAAUUGCUCUCUUGAUGGUGAGACAUGUAUCGUCAACGCCCGCCCAUCAAAACUUAUCCGAGUUGAACCCGAUAAAAAUGAUGCUGAUGUCUCUUCUCCAACUUCUGCUUUACCGGGAGUUCCACAUGUCCCUGACACGGACGCAAUUGAACAGGAGUGGGAAUGGAUGGCGCGAGAUAGGCGGGACUCCACGAAGAAUCAUGACAGCUUUGCAUGGAUAAAGGAUAUCCUCGAUGGCCAUGUUAGUGGAUCAAAUGAAGACCUAUGCCUUGGAAGCCUCACCACACCUGGACGUCCAUCCAGUUGCGUUGAUAAUGUCCAGAUGCACGCCAGGAAUCCUAAAUAUUCCCCUGAUGUUCUCUACUGCCACUACCCAUUCCUCGUUAUUAACAACAUUCGCAACAUUCAAGCGCACGACCUCAACUUUCUGGAGCUUCAAGGCUGCCUGAGGGUUCCUACGCGAGAUCUGUUGUACGAGUUGGUCCAGCAGUACUUUCUUCAUGUACACCCAAUCUUACCGCUUAUGAAUGAAGGCGAUUUCUGGGACCUUUAUUUCCAUUCCACCGAUGGUCCACCUACAAAGCCCAUUUCAUUAUUGGUUUUCCAGGCUAUGUUAUUUGCAGCGUGCAAUUUUCUGUCUGCAUCUACGGUUCACUCGCUUGGUUUCCCCAGCAUACGGGUUAUGAGAGCUUCAUAUUACCGUCAUGCUAAGCUUUUGUAUGACCUUGGGUCUGAAUCUUCUCCACUUGGAACCGCGCAGGCAAGCCUUCUACUCAGCUUCGCAUGCCUUUCAGCCUCUCGAAAGCCCAACAUAUCGUGGCUCAGCAUCGCCAUCGAAAAUGCCAAGAUUGCCGAGGCGCACCUUUACGCAUCCAUCCCCACAACUUGCAUUACACCUGAAGAACGAAAUAUGUUGAAAAGAGUAUGGUGGUGUUGCAUUAUCCGGGAUCGUUCUACAGGACUUCUCAUGAGGCGCCCUAUUCAAAUCACAAAACUUCACUUCAACUUCGAUUCCCAUUCUCUAUGCGCCACAGAUCUUGCGGAAGAGUUUGAAAGAUCGAGGGUGUAUGACUCUGCAACCAAGAGGGGACUAGCGGACGUUUUAGCUCAGUGGAUGAAACUCAAUAUCACGCUCACAGAUAUUCUUACACUUGCUUUCCCGUUGAACGAGGGUCAAGCUGUGAGUCAUGAUAAGACACUUUCCAACACCAGUCAACUUUGGGAGUGCAAGUCAGCACUAGACCGAUGGUACAAAUCUGUUGGCCCUCGGCUUCCCUUUCCAUUCACCACUCCCAAUACGCAUCCAUCAAUUCGUCGGGAAACUGACACAGACAAAUAUCAUUCAUCUAUCAUCCUCUAUACUAGCCUUAUGCUUAUGUAUUACCACACAUCGCGCAUUGUGUUGAGCCACUACGAGGUGCUGCACGUGGACAUGUUGCAAAGGCAUUCUCAUGUGAGCGCAGCGCUUUGCCAAAACCUCUCAACCAUUGUGAAGUCUCGGCAGGAGUUGGAAGAUGCCGCCCUCUGCAUGACUCAGUGCCACAAAGAACUAGUUAGCCGGGGACUUGACCGGUGGCUACCUGUUUCGGCGAUUGGCUGCACAGCCCUCCCGCUUAUUCUUCAUAUACUGGACACCAACCUAGCCCUUCGGGCUGACCAUGUGCCAACGAACAACGAUAUACUACCUGGUGAAAAGCAGGACCAGCUCAAUGUCCUCGCCCAAGUCAUGAAGACGUACCGGUCCCAGUACGAUGGAGUGGAUUGGGUGACUGACAUUGUCCGUCACAUCGUGAAUCUCGCUCGACUUGAUGAACCAAGUCUGAGAACCCAGGGAACCGGCAUCCACUGGACUGAUAUUCUCGUUUUUCAGCCUAGCUCAUAUCUCCGUUUGGCUUUGGUACUGGACCUCAGUCUCCGAAAGGGGAGGUUAGCCGAGGAUGGAGACUUCCCUGCUAGCCUCAGAGGUUUGUUUGCUGCCGAGCUUUGUCCUCUGAAAGGUCUGCUUGAAGCCAACAGGACAAAUAGUAUCGAACAAGCCCGUAAUAACUACAUUUUGUCCCCCAGAACACUGGAUCCCUCUGUGCUUUUGUUCAAUGACGAAGGAAAUCAACCGAAAAGACAGUGCCAUGACCCGGGUACUCAAGACAGUACUCUGGAAGGUCUGGAAGAACAGAUUUAUUUGCAUUUAGCUGGCGGGAUGGCAAACCAGGACAUGUCCUUCUCACACGAUUCUAGCAUUUUCGAUGCCUGA